AUGUCCGCACCAGGAUAUUCUCAAGUGACAGAGCCACCAAAUGAUCAGCCACGUCCUGUUGCUAGUAUGGUGAAUGACCCCGCAGAAGACCGACCAUUGUCGGUAGUUCAACCGAUCUCUCGUUUGGCUACUAAUGUUAACGACAAUGGUUUCGAGGCAGCGGCAAGUGAAGCAGAAGCAAAUGCGAUCGAUCCGUUGUUUAGUGGGGUUAAUGUCGAUGGACCCCAGGACUAUGAUUGGGGGUUUUUACUUUUAGGCAGGACCAGAGAGUCCAGUGCCGCAAGCUCCCAGGCUGACGUUGUUCGAUAG